AUGGAAGGUCAAGAUGAGCGCACAUUCUUGUGUGGUUAUCAGCGAACUCGUGGAUAUGGUAGCUUGUCAAAUCUUCAUGUUUCCGCGAAAAGUUAUCGUACUACCAUUCAACAUCAGAUUAAACCGAAUGAUACACUUCAGGGACUUGUGCUGAAAUACAACACAUCAAUGAGCGAAGUAAAACGACUGAAUCGUCUUUGGUCGAAUGAAAGUCUCCAUCUCAAGGAGUACAUCGAGAUACCAAUUUAUGACGAAAUCUUUGAGAAAAGUCAUGCAUCAUAUAAACCCACGAAUUUGAAGAAUUAUCGAUGCUAUGAGGAAUCCAAGAAGUCACAAGAUAUCAAUGGAGAAAGUCUGCAGGAUAUCUUCAAAAGAAUCGAUAUGAAUAUCAAGAAAACGACUUUUAACGUACACAAAUUAACGGAGAAUUCGACCGUGGACGUCCUAGCCGAAGGUUUCAAAAUGGAAUUUACACCAAGUAAACCAGAUUGUAAAAUAAAGAAUUGUCAUUCACUUAAUUGUAAUUCCUCGGGUUUCCAAAAUGCUUAUCAAAACUAG